AUGGCAUUUUCUGAUUUUUCUGUUCCUCGCUGUGCUUUCUCAGACGAAGUUGCUUCCUCGAGUCAAAGGCUUUGCCCCAAAACUGGAUUACCUUUUAUCAUUCCUGACGUCAGUGAAGAAAUAAAGCCCACAAUGGACAUGGUGUUCUCAAGCCUCGAGGAUUGUUAUUCAAUGUAUGUCAAGUAUGCCAAGGAGUGUGGGUAUUCAGUCAGGAAAGUUACUACAAAGACAAACUCUAAAGGGGUGUUACAUAUUAAGUAUUACUUGUGUACGAGAUCUGGGUUAUACAAGGACAAGAAGGUUGAUACGUUGGACCCCAAUCAAAAGGAGCAAUUAGUGCGAUCCAACUUUUCAAAGAGGACUGAUUGUGGUGCACUGUUAGGUGUAACUUUUGAGGAUGGAUCAUGGAAGGUGUAUAAGUUUUUCGAGGAGCACAACCAUUAUCUUGUUGAACGUCCUGAUAAGCAUUUUCUUCCAACUGAAUGA